AUGCAAGUUGAAUCUUUGAAACAGAAACCACAGGUAGCUAAAGUGACAAGCAUGUUCGGUGGAACAAGGGAGAAAUGUUUUGGCUGCAAGAAAAUUGUCUAUCCAACAGAAAAGGUACAAGUUAAUGGUACACCAUACCACAAGAGCUGCUUCAAAUGUAGCCAUGGAGGUUGUACAAUCAGCCCUUCCAACUAUAUCGCACAUGAAGGGCGCCUCUACUGUAAACAUCACCAUAUUCAACUUAUCAAGGAGAAAGGCAACUUAAGCAAGCUUGAGGGUGACCAUGAGACGAUUCCCGCGAUAACAACAGAAGUUACUGCAGAAUCAUAAAGAGCCAACCCCAGUUGAUCGUUGAUUAGCUUUCCGCUAUCAUGUCUUACAUGUCUGCUUUAUUCAAGAAUCUGAAGCCUUCUUCAGCUUGCAUUAAUGCACUUCCUUCCGCAGCCUAUGCUUUUUCUCAUCUGCUUCCAUUAAAUUGAUGCUGAACUAUAAUCUACUUCUGUGUGAAGAUUUUUGACCUUUGUUUCUUGUGCUUCACUUGUAUUGUGUGGAUGUUAAAUGAGAUUGAAUAUAACACAGCUUUGCCUAUCCAA